AUGAAGUUGUUUGAAUUCGAUCCUUCGUCCUACUCGAAGCAAACAUUUUUGAUUGGUGGAAUCAAUACUUAUGUGUAUAAUUCGGCUGGGUUAGCUGAGUAUGUGCAAUCGUUCAAUACCCAGGUCAACGUGCUUGAGAUUCCCAUCAACGUGAUUUAUUUGGUACAUCAAAGAGGUGGUGACUACAAGUACACUGAAUCGCUUGCCUACACUAUUUUGAAGCAGUACUACGGAAAGAAGGGCAAAGUAGAUGUUCCAGUCAUCUGUGUAACCUUUGACAACAGAAACCAUGGUGAAAGAACAGUCUCAGAAAAGAACAACUCUUCGUGGAAUUCAGGGAACGAUACCCAUGGAGUGGAUAUGAUCUCAAGUAUUGAUGGAAACAUCGCUGACCUCAAGUUGAUCAUGGAAUACUUGCCUUCUUAUUUGAACUUGGCAUACUAUGUGUCGCCUCUUCUUAAAAAGGAGUACUUGACUGAGAUUAAGUUCAGAAACGUUCUCAGUGGCUACUCAUUAGGUGGCCACACUGUUAUCAGAUUUGCUAGUAGAUAUCCCCAUUUGGUCGAUGCCAUUAAUCCUGUUGUGGGUUGUCCCGAUAUGACAUCGUUGCUCAUCAACAGAUUGUUCAAGAGACGUCCUGACAGUCCUGAGUUUAGCAAAAAGUAUUUCUACUUCAAUUACCAGGAAUUGGGGUUGAGUGACGAACAAAAGGAGAAGUACUAUCCAGAAGCUUUUCACCGCUACGUGAGCAAACAGGACCAAGCGAUCUUUGAGAACUUCCCUAUGAGCAAGAUCAAGAUGUUUGCCGCCUAUGGAGCUGAGGAUAAGCUUGUUCCAACAGGGUUGUCGACAGUAUGGGCAGAUCUCUACGGAAACACCAAUGGAAACACUGAAGUGUUUGUUCAAGAGGGAGUUGGCCACGAUACCACACCAGAGAUGGUUGACAAAUUCACCACCUGGUUGGCACAAAAAUUGUAG